GGAGGGGAGGGGGAGGAGAAAGAGGCGAGAAAAAGGGACAAAAUAUACGAAUUUUUAAUUCGCGCGAGAUAAAAAAGGAAGGAGAUAGGAGGAGUAAAGGGCGAAUAGCCCUUUGGAAGCGUGGGGAAAAAUUAGGAGAAAAAUCGUCAAAGUAUAGCGAUGAGGUGGAAUAUUUGAUCGCUCGGUUUGCGAGGGAAACCGAUUGUAACUAAUCCUACUAAGAGCGACCUUGAGCAAAAUGAUCAGGGGGGUGGUGUUACUAGUCUUGCUAGUUCUCUUCGGUGCCUUCGACGUUCCUGGCAUCGAGAGGGUUCAUGUUAGAUAUCUGGCUAAUGCUGGUAACACCUGUAACGCUUGUAGAAUGCACGAGGAGAUCAGAGCUCUCAGCCUCAAAGCCAUCAAGGAACAAAUUUUGAACAAGCUGGGCUUGAAACAAGCUCCAAACAUGACGGGUAGAGCCCUGCCAAGAAUUCCACCGAUUUCCAAGUUGAUGGAUAUGUACGGGAUGCAAGCUGAUCAACCUCAACCUCUCGAGCCCGGUAUCUCGCAUCACGAGGAGAUCGACGAGUAUGCUGCCAAAACGGAGAGCGUCUUCGCCCUGGCGCAACCUCGUAAGUUUCUUCAAAGUCUUUCCUUUUUUUCAUUUCCUUUCAACCGGAAUCUUUCCCUUCUUGUCCAAUUGCGAUGCACCGCACGAGUUGAAUAUCUCCUUGGUUGGCGUCACGACGCUCUUAGACGUCGGGGUAGCAUCGAGGGUGUGGAUGUCGUUGAUUCCAGUAGGGGAGUCUCCGAUUGUGUCUAUGUCGUUGUUGGUUUGAGCGACGAUAUCGGUGUCGGUGUCGGUGUCGGUGUCGGUGUCGGCGUCGGCGUCGGCGUCGAUGUUGGUGUCGGUGUCGAUGUCGGUGUCAGUGUCAGUAUCGGUGUCGAUGUCGGUGCCUACAGGCUGCGUACGCAAGGGUAG